AACGAUAAGUAAAGAGCUGGAUUCGGGGUUCAGGGAGUUGGUUGUCGGGCCUCGGGGCUCAGUGGUUCACUUGUCUCAUCACAAGUACACAACAUUCACACGCCCUUCUGUGCAAGAUCAGAAAAUAAUCUUGUGCUGACCCGUCGAAGCCUUUAUGCAGUUUGUACACAAUUUGAAGGAAAAUGAACACCCAGAAGACACCAACCACAUCCUAACAACACAUGGAAUAAAGGAAAAUAUUGAAGAAAAGUGACGGAGACCUUGAUGAACGUCGCACAGAUCCCCGUGCAGUAUAUAUACUUCAAGAUGACAUCUUCUUGUCACGUUAACACGUAAAAAUGAAUUUUUGUGCAGGCUGCCUUAGUCCCAGAAUAGCUACUAACAAGCCUGGAACAGACGACCGUGAUGUUACUAACCUGAUAAGCGGUGACCCAUCUGCUAGAAGAAAAGGGUUCAUGUUAGAAUACUUCAUUAGGCCACCUAUUGAUAUAUCCUUAGAGUUCCCUGUGCCUGUUGACAUAAGUCAUAUUAAAUUGGAAACAAAACUUGAGCACAUGUGCAGUACUGGCUUUGCUGUCUUCACCAGACCUGAGGAACACAGUCAACACAAGCAGCAACAAGUGAAGCUUUGUGGUGCCUCGUCCAGUCCUAAUGAUGUCUCCUCAUCCGGUCUCGCCUGCAGUGGCCCUGCUGGUGCUUCUCAGACUCAGAAACCUGUGAACUCGUAUCCUCUUUCCAUGAAUUUUUACUCCUGCUCUCCUCCUCCAUCACUUCAUGACUCAGGUCCUUCAGCUGCAUUCUCCACCAGUCUCUACUCAGACAAUGUACCAUCUAAACACACAAUUGGAGAGUUAGAAGAAAAGAUUGAUGACAUUUAUUUUUGUGUGGGAAAGUACUUUACCCAAAAUGAAGAGCAAAUUGUUCUAAAAAACCCUCACUAUAAACAGUGGAUGAAUAUUCAUGUGCCAGAGUUAGGAGGUGCAUGCCAAGGUUCAAGAGUUUAUAAUGGUACCCUGAGGCAUCCCAAUAGACUAGCCCUCAGAUGUGUAAAGAAAGUGAUAAUAAGAAUCUUAAAGACAUCUGAGAAAGGUCCACCAGUUUUACGUUCGGUGGAGAUAUGGGGACAGCCGGGCAUAAGUUCAAGUAAAACUGAAAGGAAAGAACUACUGAAAAAAUGGGCUAAUCGAAUAAAAAUGGAAGAUUCUUUGCCUCUUGUGCCACGGAUGUACAACUCAAGCCCAGAAGAAAACAAGAGAGAAAUACCUAUUGGCGAAGCGUUAAAGAUCAAAGAUUCACUGGAAAUACCAGAGGACUUCCUUGACCCUUUAACCUGUGAUGUGAUGACGGUGCCACUCCUCUUGCCGUCAGGUCACUCUAUAGAUGCAUAUACUUUAGAAAGGUUUAUUACCAAUGAGGCUCUCUGGGGACGUCCUCCUUCUGAUCCAUUUACAGGUGUUCCAUUCAGGGUAGGAAUGAAACCCAGCCCCAAUGUUCUUCUAAAGGCUCGUAUAGACAGAUUUCUGUUGCUGAAUGCUGACCUCCCAGAAGUUCAGAGAACUGCUCGCACUGUUGGUUCUGCUCACAGUUUCAUCACACACAGAAGUUCACAUCCGGAGAAAUCAAAAGAGAUGGAAAUUAAUCUUCCUUGCUUCACUAAGAACAGAAAGAGAAAACACGAGGGAGGCUUGAAACUAGGUGACCCAGAUGACCAGGUUGAUCAAGAGAAGAGUAUGGAAGACAAAAACCUCAAUAAUGAAUUUAAUGCACAGGGAGCAGAAAUAGUGACAAAUAAGGCUGAUGAAAGCUCUUUACCAGAGAGGGGUCAAGGCCUUGAUGACACAUUAGAAGCUGAAAUUGAGGCAGUCUUGAGGGGAAAACCUAAGUAUGUUCCCACAAAUAUAAAUGAAAAAAUUCUUGGUAAUAAUUAUAAAAGAGAAACUAAGAACACUGGUGAAAAGAUACCCCUAAAAAGUCGACUAACAAUGACUAAAUGCAGUGCAAGUAGAGUACGGUUACAAGCUGUGAAUCACACGGUCAGCUCGAUGAAGAGACCUGCACACUUAUCUCAUGUAGUUGGAAAAGAGGCAUCAAGUGGUCAUCAUGGUCUGGUGCAUAUGAUUGGUGGUGCUUUAUCUGUAACUCAUGGAAGAGCUGUGAAAGUAAACAGCAUACCUGUACAUGUCUCAAGUGCAAAACCAACUAGCUUGAUCAGUGGUGACUGUAAGUCCCAGCUCCUUGAUCUUACAUCACACAGCCUUGUAAGGUGUUCAUGUGGUGAGAAAGAGGGACUGUAUAGACUACCCUGCUGCCAUAUUAUGUGUCGUAGUUGUUUAAUCCAAAAGACUAAGGGACCUGAAGUAGUGUGUGGUGUGUGUGAGAUAAUGUGUAAAAGACUAGACAUUAGUAGACAUCAUGAGAAAAGUAUAUUCUCAUGAUAAGUGUUGCAACUAAUUAGACCAAUGUAACACUUUUUUUAAAGGAUCCUAGACUGAUAACAUAAUUUUCUGUGAAGUAGUAUUAGUUAGCACUAUAAUAUAUCCCGUGUUGUUCGCAUUACUUUCUAAAAGUAACGGCGUUACCGUUAGUCGGUAGAAAAUGUAAGGCCGUUACCACUGCCGUUGCAUUUUCUAAAAGGUAACGAGUUACCGUUACUUUUUUAUGUACAGUAUAGUCUGCAUUUAAGCGGUCAAUUGAACCCGUGGAGUACCGCGUAAAACGAGAAACACGUAAAUGAAAUAACAGAACACAUGGGAUUAAUUGAAAGAGAGACUGG